AUGAUGGAGAUAACCACCAUGGAGAUGUUGGAGAUUGGGAUUGUCAAGGUGGAGAGGGUGGCGGAUGGGGAUAUGACAGUAGCAUCACUCGGCACCAAAGGUGCCAUGAAGGAAAAAAGCAAAAAUGCAGCGAGAAGUCGAAGGGAGAAAGAGAACGCGGAAUUUUUGGAGCUCGCCAAACUUUUACCUCUACCGGCGGCCAUCACAUCACAACUAGACAAAGCAUCAGUGAUCAGAUUGACCACAUCCUAUCUGAAAAUGAGACAGGUGUUUCCAGAUGGUUUAGGAGACGCUUGGGGAGCAACUCCUGUCAUUCCCCAUCCCAGAGAAGCGCCCAUAAAAGAAUUAGGUUCGUAUCUUCUACAAACUUUGGACGGGUUCAUUUUUGUGGUAGCACCGGAUGGGAAGAUCAUGUACAUAUCAGAGACGGCUUCAGUGCACCUAGGUUUGUCACAGGUAGAACUGACAGGAAACAGCAUAUACGAGUACAUCCACCCCGCCGACCACGACGAAAUGACCGCCGUCCUCACCCCCACCAUGUUCCCGCCAGGGGUGACGCCACUGCACGACCACGAGAGCGAACGGGCGUUCUUCCUGAGGAUGAAGUGCGUGCUGGCGAAACGUAACGCCGGACUCACGAACGGCGGAUAUAAGGUGAUCCAUUGCUCGGGCUACCUCAAAGUAAAGCAGUUCAGCGCCGCCUCUGGCCCGUUCGAGGCUGGUUGCUACCAGAACAUGGGUCUGGUGGCGGUCGGGCAUUCUCUGCCGCCCAGCGCCAUCACCGAGAUCAAGCUGCACACCAACAUGUUCAUGUUCCGCGCCAGCUUGGACUUGAAGCUGAUCUUCUUGGACGCCAGGGUAGCCCAGCUGACCGGCUAUGAACCACAAGACCUGAUAGAAAAAACCCUUUACCACUAUGUUCAUGGAAGUGAUAUUUUAGCAUUGAGAUAUUCCCAUCACCAACUUUUAUGUAAAGGACAAGUCACAACCAAAUAUUACCGAUUUCUCUGCAAAGGAGGAGGUUGGGUGUGGAUGCAAAGUUACGCCACAAUUGUACAUAAUUCGAGAUCGUCAAGACCACACUGUAUAGUAUCAGUCAACUACGUACUAAGCGAAUUCGAAGCCAAAGAACUAGUCCUCAACCUGGCCCAAGGCAGCCCCCGCGAAGACCUGCCCGACUCCCCGCGCUCCCCCGUCCACCCCCCCUCCAACCGCCCCCUCCCCUCCCACAAGUACCAGCCGCCCCAACCAGCGGCCGCCACUCGCCUCCCCUCUUCUAUCGUCUCCCCGCAAACCCCCUCCCUCACCGACGACGACUUCAGCGACUCGAACGGCGCGAUGAGCUACCCCCCACCCCCGCCGGAUUACCCCUCCGCGGUGUUUUUGCACGGCUACGGGGGUGAGGAGGGGUCGUACUAUUCUCCCCACCACCAGGACCACGGCGCGUUCUACCCCUAUUCGGAUUUUUCUGAUUCGGAGAUGACGCAGCAGCAGCAUCAGCAGCAGCAGCAACAACAAACAGUGCAGAGACCUUUCAGCGCUUCUUCGAGCUCAUGCAGCUCGUCCGAGAGCGACCAUUUGCACAUUCAGAACCUGGGCGGAAGCCACGCGUACACCUUCGACGUCAACAACUGUUUCGAGAACGACAACCACCAUCAGGCAACCCAAGGCCACCCGUGGCACGCGCAUCAAGGCCACGCAGCCGGGUAUACUAGCGUGAUAGUGGAUACGCAGCAGUAUCAGCUGGCGAAUGAGUACGUUCACUGA